UAAGAAGGGAGUAUGGAAAACCAGAUGUGGCGGCUCAAUGAUCGGCGAUUCUGUCGUGCUAACGGCAGCGAGAUGUGUCGUGCAAGACGAGGCGCCUUUCGAGUUGUACCCAAACACCUCCAUGUACGUCUUUUGGAACGCAGAGACGGUUACGCCUUGGGGAUCGGAUGAGCGGAAUGCGGAACUAUUCGGGAUCGACAAAAUCAUCGUCCAUCCUGAUUUCUUUGAAGACCGCACGACGCUGGAGAACGACUUCCACGCCGAUAUUGCGCUACUAACGGUCAAGAAAGGAGCCAACUUUUCACACGUCGUCACCCCGAUCAUGAUCCCGGAUCGCUUCAAGUGGGAUGACUGGGAAGGACCUCUCGAACUGAUGGGAUGGGGAAGAACCGAAAUCGAAAAUAACCAAAACGGAAACCUGUACGGCUACGAGGCCGGCCUAUUCCCGCCGGAUUUUUGCCAGGAACUAUUUGAAACGGAACUCCCAGACGAGGUCUACUGCAUUAGGGCCAAUGAGACGCAGACCGGGUCUUGUAAGGAAGACAUCGGCGGCGCGGUAGUGGUCAUGCAUGAGCAGAGGACGAUGCUUGUGGGCAUGCUGCCGGUAAAUGGCAUCACUGACGGCCAGUCAGAAACCGUAAAGAAGUACUACUUCGCCGCGGCGAUUCAACGAUCCUAUAAUGGAACCUGGGUCACAACCUGCAGCGGUUCGAUCGUCUCGCAGAAUCAUAUUCUAACCUCGGGGCGCUGCGUGCUGGACAAUGAGGCUGUUCAGACGGAAAAGUUGGUGCCAAACCACCUACGCGUUUUUGUGGGAACUACAUUUUGGCCAAGCGAGAAACCAGCCGGAGAUGUAGAAGAAGACGAAGAAGAGGACAAUAUCAUCAGGCCGACCCCGUACAUCGUCGCGAGGACAAUUAUGCAUCCGGAUCUUUUGAGAAACGCCCCGACCGGAGACGUCUAUAAUGACGUCGCACUGCUGGAGCUCGAGCGUCCUAUCAAAUUCUGGAUGAACGCGCUGCCAAUCUCCGUUGCCGAGCCGUUCAGCUGGGAGAAUAUUGAGAAGCCUAUAAUUGCUAUCGGUUGGGGAUCGGACGGCAGCGCCCCUGAUAUCGGUGCCAGCCCAGAGCUACGCUCAAUGGAAGCGAAUCCCAUCGACCCAAAUACUUGUCAGCCCACGUUUCCCGACAUGAAAUUCGACGAGACUGUUUUUUGUUUCGCGGGCGUGGAAAAGAAACAUGGGCCUUGCGACGGAGACUUCGGUGGCCCCGUUCUACUAAAAAUGCAUAGUUACUGGUAUCAGAUUGGGCUCGUUUCGAAUAUUGAGAUGAACUGCAGCUAUCGUAAGCAGCAGCCAGCCCUGGCCGUCGACCUGUCCCAAUUUUGCGACUGGCUGGAGCCGAUCACAAAUGCUCCCUGCAGAUAUGCAUAUUCGGUGGCUCUACGACGCUAUAUUGGGAACCAAUGGAUACACGAAUGCAUGGGCUCGAUAAUGAACCAAGAAUGGAUCCUGACGGCCGGACAUUGUGUCGCUAAGGAAAAUGCGACUCGAGAAGCGCUCUCCCCAGACCUUUUCUGGAUUUUUGCCGGCGCUGAUCACCUGACACCUUUUGGAUCACCGGAUCGCGACGUGGCAAUAAUCAAAGUGGCCAGCAUCCACCUGCAUCCCGACUUCUAUCGCAACCCGGGGAACGCACAGGGCUAUGCAAAUGACAUCGCGUUGGUGAAGCUCAGCCGGCAACUCGAUUAUACGAUGCGCAGGCAGCAGAUUCGCAUCCCGGAGAAUUUCCGGGCCUGGGACGAUCCGUUUCUCACACUCGAUAUUGCCGGCUGGGGGCGUCUCGGUAAAAAAAAACGGAUGAGCGAGGAUCUGCGCAUGUAUCAAGCCAAAGGUCGACCACUUCAAGAGUGUAGCAUCAGAGGCUCGCUGUCUGGCCCGAGCAUUUGCUAUCUCUCCAGCCGUCGAUAUAACGCCGGUCCGUGCCACGGCGAUUCCGGCGCGGCGGUGGCCACCCAAUACAAAUCCCAGUGGCUGCAGCUGGGUGUGAAUACUAGAGGACGCGUCGAUUGUGAUUAUUCUAUCUUCAAUCAUGUAUAUGGCGUCGACGCCACGAAACAUUGUGCCUUCUACGAGCAGACGAUUGGCAAGCGGAUGUGCAUCAAACUGGGAAAGAUA